UUUGAGUCCAGCUGUUGUUGAGCUCUGCUUUUAAACCAGAGGAGAGAGAGAGAGAGAACAGCACACACUCGAAUUCUGGGGAGAUGGGAGUGACCAAGGAACAAGUCGAAGCUUCAUUGACCUCUAAAUUGAACCCUUCACAUCUCGAAGUAGUCGAUACAUCUGGAGGAUGUGGUGCUAGCUUUGUUAUUGAAAUAGUAUCAGAACAGUUUGAAGGAAAGAGGUUGCUAGAGAGGCAUCGGGUGGUAAAUUCUGCUUUGGAAGAGGAGAUGAAGGAGAUUCAUGCUCUCUCAAUAAAGAAGGCCCUCACACCAGAGCAGUGGAAACAACAGCAGGAGGCUGAAAAAUCUAAACCUGCUGCUUAAACAUCAGUAUAAGAUGUCUUAAACUAUAUUCUAUAAUGCUGGAAACUGUUUGGAACAGAUUUUGAGCAUGAGAUGUUUCUUUACUUCAGUCUCCUUAUCCUAAGUUAGUAAGUUACAGUGGAAUAUGUGCUAGAAUAUGGUGCUUAUGUUCCCUGUUUAUAUAUGAGAAAUUUCUUUAUUUUCGUUAGUUGAAGAAAUUGCGAAAGACAUUAGUUCUGUGUUGUGAUCACUGUUUUUGUGAAUGGUUAAAACUUGUUCUGCAUCU